CCAUCGCCUUUACGAAAUGGAUGAAAUGGGCAGAAAGAAGAAUGAGAAUUUACGAAAUUCAGUACCAUUUAUAAGACAAAUAACAGAAGAUGGCAAACCAAAGUUGGAAGUCUAUAGACCGACAACAAAUCCUAUUUAUAUAUGGACACAGGUACUUGCUGCUCUCAGUGUUUCGCUUGGAUCACUGGUAGUGGGUUUUUCGUCCGCCUAUACAUCGCCUGCAUUGGUUUCCAUGACUAACAGAAAUAUUACAUCUUUUGAAGUUACACCAGAAGCGGGAUCAUGGGUAGGAGGACUUAUGCCACUAGCAGGUUUAACAGGCGGUAUUGCUGGCGGUCCGCUCAUUGAAUACUUGGGACGUAGAAACACAAUUUUAGCAACAGCUGUGCCAUUUAUAAUAUCAUGGCUAUUAAUCGCUUGCGCUGUUAAUGUGGAUAUGAUAUUAGCUGGACGUGCUUUAGCUGGUUUCUGUGUUGGCAUAGCAUCUUUAUCGUUACCUGUAUAUUUGGGUGAAACUGUACAGCCAGAAGUACGUGGUACCUUAGGCUUACUACCAACUGCAUUCGGUAAUAUUGGUAUACUGAUAUGCUUUGUGGCGGGUACAUAUAUGGAUUGGUCUAUGUUGGCUUUCUUGGGUGGUGCACUACCCGUACCUUUUCUCAUAUUAAUGUUCCUGAUACCUGAAACUCCACGCUGGUUUGUAUCACGGAAUCGUGAGGAACGUGCUAGAAAAGCGCUAAUAUGGCUACGAGGCAGAAAAGCUGAUGUUGAACCAGAAUUGAAAGGCCUUAUGCGAUCACAAGCCGAUGCUGAUAGACAAGCAACACAAAAUACAAUGUUAGAAUUACUUAAACGUAAUAAUCUAAAACCACUUGCAAUAUCUCUGGGUCUGAUGUUUUUCCAGCAGCUUAGCGGUAUUAAUGCUGUUAUUUUCUAUACUGUGCAAAUCUUUGAAGAUGCUGGUUCCACAAUUGAUAGUAAUGUUUGUACAAUUAUUGUUGGCAUUGUUAACUUUAUGGCAACAUUUAUUGCUACUGUACUCAUUGAUCGUUUGGGUAGAAAGAUAUUACUUUAUAUAUCCGAUCUAGCUAUGAUAGUAACACUAUUUGUUCUUGGUGGUUUCUUCUACUGUAAGACUAAUGGUAUGGAUGUUUCUAAUGUCGGCUGGCUGCCUUUGGCUAGUUUUGUUAUUUACGUUGUUGGUUUUUCACUCGGUUUCGGACCAAUUCCAUGGCUGAUGAUGGGUGAAAUUUUACCAGCUAAAAUACGCGGAUCUGCAGCAUCCGUAGCUACAGGUUUUAACUGGACGUGUACAUUUAUUGUAACAAAAACUUUUAACAAUAUGAUACAGGCAAUGGGUACACAUGGUGCAUUUUGGCUCUUUGGCGCAAUUUGCUUUGUUGGCCUGUUCUUUGUGAUAUUCUAUGUGCCUGAAACGCAAGGCAAAUCACUUGAAGAUAUUGAACGCAAGAUGAUGGGCCGCGUGAGAAGAAUGUCUUCAGUGGCCAAUAUUAAACCACUCUCAUUUAAUAUGUAAUUGAUGUCGAUUGUUCGUUCGUUCGUGUGGAUUAAGUGUGAAAGUGUGUUAACAUAUAAAAAAAUGUUGAGAAAAAGCUAAGCAGCUGAAACUUAAAAUUUAUUUACAAAUUAAACCAAAAAUUAGGAUUAAGUAGUUGGUUGCAGUUCGUAAGCUUUUGUGCCAGAGAAUUUAUAGCUGUGAAACAUAAAGCUGUGUUAGUUAACGAAUUUGCUUUCUUUUGAAUCAGAAUAUUAGUUUAAAAAUUAUAUAUUGUAUGAUAUUGUUAGAUAUAUACAUAUAUAUACAUAUAUGAGCAUGUUAAUAUAUAUUUAUACUUAUUUAUGCGCUAUUGAGAUAUCAUGCUUUACAUAAAAUGUGAUGCAUCUUUUUUAUAUUUAGUUAAUUAUAAUGAAUAUAUUCGAUCGUAGUUUUACUUAAGUCUUAUUGAGGUAUAUCGUAGUCAUUAGAAAUUUUACUCAUAAUUUUAGACAGCAAUUUCCUUUCUAAUUUAUUAAGAUAAGUGUGUUAACACUUCUAAACGAGUAUAGUAUCUGUAUUUGUUAAAAAUUAUUUAGUUUUAGUAUUUAAAAAAAAAUUACAUAAAAUUUGUGUUAAAUUAUAUAGCAUUAA